AUGGAAUACACUAUAGAAAAUUUACUUUUUGCUUUUGAAAAAGCAAUUGAUGCUCUCGCGUAUUUCAAUAACAAAAAUAACGAAGUUUGGACAACCAAUCAAAAUUCAGAAUCUAGUGGUCCGGUUCAGUUUCAAUUUUUUAACACUAAUUCUAUACAAUUUGCUGAAAAGGUAAAUGAAGAAGCUAGUGUAAAAUCAAAGACAAGUUCGAUAGUUCAUAGUAUUCUUCAUGGUUCAGCUGCAACAAAAGAAGAAGACAAACAUACUCAUUCAAAGUUAAUUGCACGUGGUAAAUAUGUUCAUGAGUUUCAAAAACAUAAAAUAAAACCAGAAUAUGUUGAUGAUUACAUAAAACUCAUAUCUCUACAUUAUCCUAGAAUUGCCAAUGACCCAGAUAAUUCAGUUCAUCUUUGUGGUAGUUGGCAGACUGAAAUUGGUGAUCUUGAUACUUUUGGAUAUCAUGAUACAUACAAUAGAUUAAAUAAUGAUUCACAAUACCAACAAUUUCUUAAAAAAGUCAGACCUAUGCUUUUGAAUCGUUAUAGUCAGAUAUGUUUAGAGUUUGCUUUUUGGAAAACAAGUCCACCAGCAGUUCAUGGUGGAAUUUAUGAAUUGAGAACUUAUGAGCUUAAACCUGGGAAUUUAUUAGAAUGGGAAACCCACUGGCAUCGUGGUCUUGAGUGUCGUAGACAGUUCUGUGAACCUGUUGGUGCUUGGUUUUCUCAGCUGGGAUUCUUAAAUUGUGUUCAUCAUAUGUGGCAAUACCCUGAUCUUGAAAACCGUAAAAUCACACGUGAAAAGGCUUGGGAAGUUGAUGGUUGGGCAGAAACAGUUUACAAAACUGUCCGACUUGUUCAAAAAAUGGAAGCAAACAUUUUGAAACCAUUGGAUUUUAAAUAUUCAUAUUCAGGAACUGGUUUUCUUAAUACCUUCAAUGAUUAUAUUCAAUCAAAAAGAAAAAGGAGGAUUUCUAUUCCUGAUAUUCUUGGUUUUAAUGUAAAAGAGAAUGUUGAGUUUCUUUGUAAUAAGAUAUGCUACCACUAUCCCUCUAUACUCAACGAUUGUAAAAAAAUUCAAACUGAAACAAAAAAAACAAAUACAUUAAUUAAUACAAUGAAAAGGAAAGGUGACCAACUUAUCAAAGAAAUUGAAUCAGGAGUAGAACAUGAUAAUGAUAUCAAUAAUAAUACUAAAGAAAAUCAAACCAAUAUUAAAGAAGGAACUAUUAUUAAGAGUAAGAGUAUAAAUGCUAUUCCAACAGAAGCACAGGCUUGCCCUUGUCAAAUUCAGGGAGAAAGAUCAAAAUUGAGUGAAAAGAAUACAUUAGAUAAUGAAAGACAGUUAAAAAUCAAAGAAUUAGCUACUCAGGCAAUCAAUUCAUCACAAGUGGGUUCUACAAUAAUGGUUGAUACUUGUAAUUAUGUCAGUCCACUAUUAUCACAAUCUUGCCAUAAUUGUGGUGAUAUUUCAAUUGAUAGUAAAAAUUGUAUAAUCAAUAACAUAGGUUUUUCAGUAAACACUAUUAUAUGUUGCGAAGGCUGUAACAACAUUUCUGAAUUUUCUAAUGAUACACCAAAGGCAAGUACAUCUGUUCUAGUAGCUGGUGGUAGUUUAUUAUCAGGGAUAAAUAGACAACAAUUGAGCUUUGAUGUUUCUUGGUCUCAUGUUAGAAAUGCUAACCAAGCAACUGGGGAAUUUAUUUUCCAAUCUAGUAGACAGAUGGAACAAGCCAUUUUGAUCGCCUGUUUAGAAAAAAUAACACCUAAUUUAGACAAAGAAAAUAUAUUAUUAGAUAUAGGUGUUAAUGGAGAUUUAGAUAGCAACAAAACAUUAAAAACAGAAAGAGUGGUUAAUAAAGUGUAUGGUGAUUUAAAACAUGCAACUAAAAUCAUCAGAGGAAAGAAAAGCAUCAAAGGAAAUGAUAACUCCAACAGAAGAAGAAUUGAAGAAUGUGCAAGUGAAUGGUUUAGUUUCACACCUUUCUGGAAAUCACUCUUUGUGUUGGUCAGAAAUAAAAAGAUCGAUUUUUGGGCACCAUUUAGAGCAUGUCAUGCUGUUGCUAUUUUGGACCAUAAUGAAAAAAAAUUUGCUCUUGUACAUGAUGUUCAAAGAUCUAGAAAUUUGAAAAAUAUUCAUGCAAGAAAUAUUGAAAAAGAAAAUAAAAUUAUAGAACAAAAACAACAAUUAGAAGCCUUUGACUAUGAUCAAGAUCUGGUACUUUAUGGCAUGAGAAUAAAAUUUAAAGACAAGUUGGCAACUUUUUGGAGAGAUAUCAUACAAGAAAGUAACCAGUAUUACAAUGAUGUAAGUAGCAAGUGGACAUAUCAAUCACCAGGAAUCUCAUCAUCUUUAUCAACUCCUACAUCAAUUUCAACUGAAUUCUUUACUUCUCCUGCUAUCACUACUUCCACUAUCACUACUAUUAAGUUCUCUUUAUUAUUAUUAUCUCCAACUUUAAAAACAGCAAAAAGCUUAAUUAAUGAUUAUAAUUCUGGUAAAAUACAAGACAUAGAUCCAGAAAAAUUAUGGAAAGCAAAAAAAACAUUAGAUUCUACAAUUCAUCCAGAUACUGGUGAACCUAUUUUUCUUCCAUUUAGAAUGUCAUGUUUUGUACCAACAAAUCUUGUUGUUGUAGCUGGUAUGCUAAUGCCCAAUCCAAGUAUGAAAAGCCUUAUAUUUUGGCAAUGGGCAAAUCAAAGUAUCAAUGUGGCAAUAAAUUAUUCAAACGCUAAUAAAACAACUCCAUUGAGUUUUAAAGAAACUGCAAUUGCAUAUACUUCAGCUGUGACUACUUCAUGUGUUCUUGCUGUGGGCCUUACACAAGCUGUACCUAGGAUGAGGUUUUUGAAGCCUUCAGUUCGUGGGCUUUUAUCUAGAUUGGUACCUUUUUUUGCUGUAGCAAGUGCUGGUACUGUAAAUGUCUAUCUAAUGAGAUUAAAAGAAAUCAGGAAUGGAAUAGAUGUUUAUGACGCUAAUGGAAAUAAUUUGGGCAAAUCACAAAAAGCAGGUGCAUCAGCUGUUGGUCAGGUUGCAAUUUCUCGUAUUUUAACAAAUUCUCCUGUUCUUACAAUACCACCAAUUGUUCUUUCACAACUUGAAAAAACAUCAUUUUUAAAACACUAUCCAAGAUUAUUGACUCCUAUUAAUUUUGGGCUCAUAACCAUUUCUUUGAUGACUGCUCUACCUUUAGCGAUUGCAGCAUUUCCUCAAUAUGCUUCAAUAGAUCCGAUGAAACUGGAAACCAAAUUUUGGGAAUUAAAAGAUGAAAAUGGAAAUGUUAUAAAAAGAGUAUUUUAUAAUAAAGGAUUAUGA